AUGGCUCAAAAGUACAGGAAAAAUCAAAUAAAAAUUCCAGUUUUGAAAACAGACUCUAUUACUAGUGCAUAUUCAAUUUCCCAUAUAAAAAAUCUCAAAAGCAUAGAAGAAGUCAAAGAAAACGAAAAUUAUGGACCAUCAUUUACUCAUGCAAAAAGAGGUCUUUCUAAUAGAAACCCUGCUAUAAAUCCACAAGUUGAGCUACCUCUGAUGCACAAAGAUUUUGGGUUCUUCCAAAAAUUUUUCGAUAAACUGAAAAAUCACCCAGAAGUUUACCAGUAUUUUAAAAGACAAGCAUGCCAAAAAGGCAUUUUAAUAAAGAAAAUUCAGACAUACAGAGAAAAUUCAACAUCACUCUCUAAAAACAGAUAUAAUAGUCCUCAUAAUGAAAACAAGAGGUCACAGUCUUCAAUUCAUGAUAUGUCUAUAACUGAUCGAAGAUUUACAAGAAAUAACAAACAAUCAGUGGAAAAUAUAUCAGUUUUAUACACAGAGCCAGAUAGGAAAUCUCAUAAUAUUUCUCUCGACAUUAUUACCCCAAAUAUGGGGAAAAGUAAAAUUUAUAAAAAAAAUAAAUUCGCUUCAAAACAGAGAAGAAAAGGGGUUUUCACUAUAUGUGUAGACAGAUCAAGGCCAGAGGUAUUUUCAACGUUUAAAGUUAUAGCAAAAGAUGAUAGCAUGAUUUCAAGAGAAAUUAAAUUAAGCAGCGAAAAUUUAAAAGAAUAUUUGCUUAAUAGGUACCCAAGCGAAAUGGUUGAGGCAAUUUUAAAAUACUUUUAUUUGGAUAAAUACAAUUUUAACAAAUGACUUGUAGAAAUUGAAAAAAUAAUUAAUUACCCUGAUGAAAAAAUUCUGAAAUUUUGUUUUGAUUUGUAUGACUUUAAUAAGGAUAAUUUUAUUUGUUAUCAUGAUGCAUAUUGUGCUAUGUCUGCUGAUGCACUGAAGAUUUUUGAAAAAGAUGUGCUUAAGUUAAGGGAAGCAAUGAAUACAAAGAAAGCGGCGGGCUCUGAGUCUAAAAAGUCCAUUAGAAAUGAAAAUGAUAUAAGACGAAGAGUAAGUUACUUAAAUACAGGCGACACAGAACAAGCCGACACCUCUUUGCAGUUUCCCACAAACAAGCCUGAAGCUCUAUCUCUCCCUGAAUUUUCCAAAAUAUUUACUUACUUCAAGCCUCAUAUAUUUGAUGACAUUAUGUCUUAUUUAUUAGGCUACAGUAUUAACAACAGCUAUCACAAAGACCUCACCCCAAAAGCCCCUGAAAGGCGGCCAAGUGAAGAAAUCCUUAUGGAUAUCCUUUCUAAUGAAGAUAGAAAGCGAGAAUAUGAAUCCCAAACCAAUUAUUCAUAUUAUAAUGAACUAGAAAAAGCUAUGUUUCUAUAUAAUACUACUGACCGUCAGUUAUUAUUAGAAAAAUUUGAAAUGAUGAGAUGUCCUUCAUUUAAAAACCAAAAACUUAUAUCAUUGAAUUCUAUAUUAGAAAACUUGCCCAAAAUUUUUGGUGCAAAAUGUGACCAUGUCUCUAAAUGCUUCUAUAAUUAUUUAUCAGGGCCAGGCCAUAGAGAUAUCACGAAACCAAGCUUUUUGAUGAAGUGCUAUGUGAUUUUGAAGGUGAUUUUUAGACAGGAAGAGCCAUCAAAAUUUGCGUUUAGUAUAUAUGAUAGAAAUUCAGAUGGGCUGCUAACUUGUGAUGAAAUAAAUGACAUGAUAAUGUCUUUACCUCAAAAUACACCAAUAUAUGAGGAAUGCCAAGUGUAAAGCUUAAUUAGAUUGGUAAACGAGUUUCUUUCAAGCAUUUUUGGAAGAAGACGUGCACAGCUCUUAGGAAUUGAUUAUCAGCUGUUUUGCGAUUUAAUUCCAAAUUCUUUAUUUAUCCAGGUAUCUUAAUAAUUAGGAAUUUUCUCAGUCAUUACUGACUCCUCAAAAUUCUUUACCUAGGAAAAACUUGAGUUUUACUAAUAAAAUUUGUUAA